GCUCUGUGCUCAGUGUUUUCGUGGUGAUGCAAGCCGGCUCUCUCCCUCCAGCAGUCGGGUUCCUCCCAUCUCACAGCACCUCACAGGUCUCUUCCCCCGAGCAGUGCGUUGCUGGAGCGAGGAGCAGCUCACGAAUCAGCUGCAGGUCCCCGUUUUGAAAAGCAGAGACCCAGAGGCAGCGCAAGAGGGUGGACUCCUGUGUGACCUGGUCGUAGAGCAAGACAAUCACCAUCUGAAUUCCAGAAGCCCUGUUCAUGUUUGGGGAGAUUUUUCCGACUGCAUGGAAUCAGAAAGAAGCCAGAGGAUGGGAAAUGCCUGCCUCCCCCUGAAAAGAAUUGCUUAUUUCCUAUGUCUCUUAUCUGCGCUUUUGCUGACUGAGGGGAAGAAACCAGCGAAGCCAAAAUGCCCUGCUGUGUGUACUUGUACCAAAGAUAACGCUUUAUGUGAGAAUGCCAGAUCCAUUCCACGCACCGUUCCUCCUGAUGUUAUCUCAUUAUCCUUUGUGAGAUCUGGUUUUACUGAAAUCUCAGAAGGGAGUUUUUUAUUCACACCAUCGCUGCAGCUCUUGUUAUUCACAUCGAAUUCCUUUGAUGUGAUCAGUGAUGAUGCUUUUAUUGGUCUUCCCCAUCUAGAGUAUUUAUUCAUAGAAAACAACAACAUCAAGUCCAUCUCAAGACAUACUUUCCGGGGACUGAAGUCUUUAAUUCACCUGAGCCUCGCAAACAACAAUCUCCAGACACUCCCAAAAGACAUUUUCAAAGGCCUGGAUUCUUUAACAAAUGUGGACCUGAGAGGGAAUUCAUUCAAUUGUGACUGUAAACUGAAGUGGUUGGUAGAAUGGCUCAGCCACACCAAUGCCACUGUGGAAGACAUCUACUGUGAAGGCCCCCCAGAAUACAAGAAACGCAAAAUCAAUAGUCUCUCCUCCAAGGAUUUUGAUUGCAUCAUUACCGAGUUUGCGAAGUCUCAAGACCUGCCUUAUCAAUCACUGUCCAUAGAUACCUUUUCUUAUAUGAAUGACGAGUAUGUUGUCAUUGCUCAACCUUUUACGGGAAAAUGCAUUUUCCUUGAAUGGGACCAUGUAGAAAAGACCUUUCGGAAUUAUGACAACAUUACAGGCACGUCCACUGUAGUGUGCAAGCCCAUAGUCAUUGAAACUCAGCUCUAUGUUAUUGUGGCCCAGCUGUUUGGUGGCUCUCAUAUCUAUAAACGAGACGGUUUUGCAAAUAAAUUCAUAAAAAUCCAGGAUAUUGAAAUUCUCAAAAUCCGAAAGCCCAAUGACAUUGAAACAUUCAAGAUUGAAAACAACUGGUACUUUGUGGUUGCUGACAGUUCAAAAGCUGGUUUUACUACCAUUUACAAAUGGAACGGAAAUGGAUUCUACUCCCAUCAAUCCUUACACGCCUGGUACAGGGACACUGAUGUGGAAUAUCUAGAAAUAGCCAGAACACCUCAGACUCUCAGAACGCCUCACCUAAUCCUGUCCAGUAGCUCCCAGCGUCCUGUAAUUUAUCAGUGGAACAAAGCAACACAAUUAUUCACUAACCAAACUGACAUUCCCAACAUGGAGGACGUGUAUGCAGUAAAGCACUUCUCAGUGAAAGGCGAUGUGUACAUCUGCUUGACACGAUUCAUUGGUGACUCCAAAGUCAUGAAAUGGGGAGGCUCCUCAUUUCUCGAUAUCCAGCGAAUGCCAUCGCGGGGCUCCAUGGUGUUCCAGCCUCUUCAGAUAAAUAAUUAUCAAUAUGCAAUCCUCGGAAGUGAUUACUCCUUCACUCAAGUAUAUAACUGGGAUGCAGAGAAGGCCAAGUUUGUGAAAUUUCAGGAAUUAAAUGUUCAGGCACCAAGGUCAUUCACGCAUGUGUCCAUUAAUAAGCGUAAUUUUCUUUUUGCUUCCAGUUUUAAGGGAAAUACACAGAUUUACAAACAUGUCAUAGUUGACUUAAGCGCAUGAGACACCAAAUUCUGUGGCUGCCAUCAGAAACUUUCUACAGUCCAUGACCUGGAUGAACUCAAUGCAUGAUGACUGUUCUUAUCACACUCGCAAAUGAAUGAAUGCCUUUAAACAUUGAGACUGCUAGAACCAAGCACUACCAGUAUCUCCAUCCUUAACUGUCCAGUCCAGUGGUGUGGGAAGUUACUUUUUCUAAGACAAAACUUAAUUGUGUAACUGUUCUUUGCAGUGAAGAUGUGUAAAAAAGCGUUUAAUGGUAUCUGUUACUCCAAAAAGAAAUAUUAAUAUGUACUUUUCCAUUUAUUUAUUCAUGUGUUCAGAAACAACUGCCAAAUAAAAUGUUUACAUUUUCUUUCAUAUCCCAAAGGUAAUCAUUGAUAGGAGUGGUUAUAGUCUUGUUGAUGAUAUGUUGGAGAAAUAGUUUCAUACAGUUGCGUUCUAUUUGGAUGAAGGAUUUUAGAAUUGUUUUUAUUUGAGAGACAGAGAGACAGUGCCUAUCCACUGGCUAUAGCCUCAGAUGUCCACAAUGGCCAGGGGUCAGCCUGGGCUGGGGCCAGGAGCUGGAAACUCAAUCCAGAUCUCCCAAAUGGGCAGCUGGAGCCCAGUAACUACAUUAUCUGCUGCCUCCUAGGGACUACAAUAGCAAGAAACUAGAGUCAGCAGCUGCAGUUGGGAAUCAAACUCAGGUACUCCAAUGCAAGACACAGGCAUUUGAACUGCUAAGCUAAAUGCCUACUUCUUGAGCAAGGAUUUAUAAUUUGAAUAAUGAAUGAAGAUAAAACACUGCUAUUGAUUCCCCAUAACGUAUGAAUAGGUUUAUCUGUGGCUGUAUCAGCUGGUUUUGAACCCUUCAAAGGUAUUUCCAAAGAUCAUGGCUUUCAGGAAUACUCUGAGGUGAAAUGGUGACAAAUUAAAAGGAGGGUGGGGAAAUUUGCCUAUAUAAGACAACUAACUUGAAAUAAAGAGUAGUAAGAUCCUUCCUCUCCUGUUUGAUAACCCCAGCUGUAAAGAUCACUCAAACAUCUUAUAGGAGAGAUUAAGGUCAAGAUUUAGGAUUAAAAAAAUUUAUUCAAGCACUUUCUAAAUAACUGACUCUAGAAUCAUCUGAGAGUUGACCAAGAUUGUAACCUCAUAGACUGGCCUCACACAGACCUGCUAUGAAGGCCUCUUCCUAAUCUGAUCAAGGAUGCAUUGCUUCUGAAUGCCAAGUUCAAUGUUACUAACCUGCUGCACAGUUGGUUCCCAGAAGGCUCAUAUUUGAGUUUCUAAAUUUCUGCUCUGGGAUCACAUGGGUCAUUAGCACCUAGCACAAUGCUGUGGUAUAAUCAUCUCUCAAAAUCUGUUCUUGAAGAAGUACGUGUCCUUCUGUUAUCCUAUAAUAAACUUCAUGAGGCUCUUUGAUCUAAUCAACCAUUAUUUACUGAGUACCACAUAAGAGUGAGGUCUUGUUCUGAGACAGAGAGGAGAUACUGAGGCAGACCAGGGCAUGGUCCUGCCCUCUGGGGCCUUAGAAGACUAACUGGGAGGUAAGAGCACAAUAACCUAAGAGGCAAGCAGUGGGUGCAAAGUAUCAUCAGAACAUUCCAGAUUAUAACUAUGGGAGUAACCAGAAUGACUUCUGGGAAGACAUGGUCUUCCUUUGAACUUAGAAGAAAAAUAUGCUUUCUAAAGGGAGUUGUGGCAGAGAAAGUAUUCCUGACUACAAUUGAUUCUAUGUGCUGCCUUCAUGGCAGGGAUCUUGCUCCUGUUUGUUAUUCCCCAGACUGAUAUGCCAUAGCCCGGGCCACUCUGCACAGCACGUAUCUGGCUGACUUGAGGCCUCCAGGGCACACACAGUAGAGCCAUAGCAUUGGGAAGCAAUACCCUGGGGAGUUAUACACAGGAACCCGAUUCCUUUCCCUGUGUCGGGAAGACACUAACUGUGACAUCUGGCUCACAGGGACAAGAACACUCCCGAUCCAGCACAGAGAGAGAUGUGGUCGUGGAGUUUCUCUUAUUUUUUUCAGUGCCAUUUUCCCAUAAACAGCAUUCUGUGCUAUUGGAGAACACCUGCUUUGCAUAGACUACGUGUAAACCAGCUUUGUCAUGCACUGGCUUUGUACGCAAGACAGUUACUUAACCCUCCUGAGCCUGUGCCCUUGUCUGUAGAGGCAUAACACCACCUACUUCCAAGGACAAUGUGGGGAUUAAAUGAGAUGGUACACUUGCUAUGGACUGUAUUUUCCAAAUGCAGUCACCACAGUAUCUCCUAUCCCACAUGCUCUGUGAGAACCUCAUGCCUAUCUCAACAACCUUCAACUAUGUGUAGGUUUUUGACUCACUUAUAAUCCUUUGGAUAUGGUGGGAAACAUGCAAUUUGACUUCUGAAGCUAAGUCAUAAAAGCAAGGAAGUUUCUGGGACAAUUGUUUUUGGAGCCCUGAACAGUCACCAUUCUGCAAGGAAACCCAGACCCCCUGGAGAAACUGCAACGGGGGAAAACUUUGGUCAACAGCCUCAGCUGACGACCCAGAUGAAGCCAUCAUCAACUACCGGUCCUGUGACUGCCAAUGGCUCUGGGGGAUUCCAGCCUCCAGCGUUCAAGUCACUACCAGAUGCCAGACCUUCCCAACUGAGGCCCUUGCCUUUCUGGAGCAGAGACAAGCCAACCCUAGGGUGCCUUGUCCAUAGACUCUGUGAACAAAAUAAAAUGGUUGCCUUCAA